CAAAGAUGGCGGUAUUUCCGGCAUGUUAGUGUUUGUGAGCUGCUGUACUUUGUUCUUUAGUGCCAAAAACAUUCCCUUUUUUAUAUAUAUAUAAAAAAACAAGUUUCUGUCGCUGGGUACAGUAGCUGUGGUUGUCUCUGCGGGCUGUCACAGUGUGUCGUGGUGUUAACUCAUUUGUCUCGCGGCAGUCAGCUGUCAGCAGUAACGGACAGGAGGUAGGACUGACGGAAACUCAAAUAUUUGGACCAACUCAGACAUUAUGGACGGACUGUCUCUGGUCCAGAGAAUGAGCGCACACCCGGACUCCCGGUGCUGGUUCGUCAGCUGGAGCCCGACCGGGACGUUGCUGGCCUCGUGCGGGGGCGACAAGGCCAUCCGGAUAUGGGGACGAGAGGGUGACUCUUGGGUGUGUAAGAGUACGCUUCAGGAUGGACACCAGCGCACUGUGAGGAAAGUGGCAUGGUCUCCCUGUGGGAAUUAUCUGGCCUCUGCCAGCUUCGAUGCAACCACAUGCAUCUGGAAAAAGAAGAAUGAUGAUUUUGAAAGUUUAACUGUGUUGGAAGGACAUGAAAAUGAGGUCAAAUGUGUGGCAUGGGCACCUUCGGGGAAUCUGCUGGCAACAUGUAGCCGAGACAAGAGUGUGUGGGUGUGGGAAGUGGAUGAAGAAGAUGAGUAUGAAUGUGUUACUGUGGUGAACUCUCACACACAAGACGUCAAGCAUAUUGUGUGGCACCCGACGCAGGAGCUCCUGGCCUCAGCCAGCUAUGACAACAACAUUUGUAUUUACAAGGAAGAGGAUGACGACUGGGAGUGCAGAGACACGUUGAAAGGACACACAUCCACCGUCUGGAGUUUGUCUUUCGAUGGAACUGGACAGAGGCUGGCCUCCUGCAGUGACGACCGCACUGUGAAGAUUUGGAAGGAGACGCCAAAUGAAGGUGGACAAGGAGACUUGUCGUGGAAGUGUGUUUGCACUCUGUCUGGCUACCAUGGACGAACAGUGUAUGAUGUUGCCUGGUGA